GCCAUCCACUCUUUUUCUUCUUCUGUCCCGAUGCAGCCCGCCGUGCUGCUGGUGUUGCUGCCGCUGCUCCCCCUCUCCUCCUUGCUGCGCUUAGGUAUGGCCACCGCCGACACCAACACGACCGGCGGGAGCUGCGCGCCGGCGAGAUGUGGGGACCUGAAUAUCACGUACCCGUUCUGGCUCGUCGGUGUGCAGCCGCUGUACUGCGGUUUCCCGGCCUUUGGGCUGACAUGCAACGGUGACCGCCGUGCCUACCUCAGCAGGACGUUCCGGGAGAACCUGUACCGAGUCGACAGCAUCAUCUACGACAACAGAUCGCUGGUGGUGGCCGUCGAGACCACCUUCUCCGGCGACGAGACUUGCUCCAUCCCGGACUUCAACGUGUCCUCCGGCCUCGCCCUCUUCCCGAUCAACAUCAGCCGCACGAACAAGAACCUCACUUUCAUCUACAACUGCUUGGUUCCUCGUCCCGCAGAGCUGCCACAGCUGUGUGGUAAUCGCACGAUGGGAGCUUAUUUCUCUGAGAGGCAUGAGGUUCCGACGAACUGCAGUUUUGUGAGCGUUCCGGUACGUGAGUUCCAAGAGACGGAGGAGCCAGCCCGUGACUAUGUGCAAUUGAUCCACGACGGGUUCCUCUUGGAGUGGCCGCCGACGGAAGACUGCGAUGCGUGCAAACGAAACGGUGGGGAGUGCAGGUUGUUCGAGCGGCUUUCGUUCCAGUGCUUCUGCCCCGACGGCCACUGCACCGAUUCCUCGGCUACGUCUCGAGGUACUCGAGGAAUAAUCAAAAUCGGGGCAGGAAUUGCAGCAGCCCUUGUGUUCCUGAUCAUACUGGCCGCUCUGUCCCUCGUGAUGACGCUGCACAAACGAAGGAAGCGGAAACGAUCUGCUUCACUGGCCGGCCUCAUCCGUGACGGGACGCCAUUGGCAUCGCUCAGGAAGGAGUUCAGCAUGACCGGCUCGCCGCGCACGCACAUCUUCACCUACGAGGAGCUCGACGAGGCCACCGACGGCUUCAGCGACGAACUCGAGCUCGGCGUCGGCGGCUUCGGCACGGUGUACAGAGGGACUCUGCGCGACGGUGGCGUGGUGGCGGUGAAGCGUCUGUACAAGAACAGCUACAAGAGCGUGGAGCAUUUCCAGAACGAGGUGGAGAUCCUGUCGCGGCUGCGCCACCCAAACCUCGUCACCCUCUACGGCUGCACCUCGCCGCGGAGCAGCCAGGACCUGCUCCUCGUCUACGAGUUCGUCCCCAACGGCACGCUCGCCGACCACCUCCACGGCGCGCGCGCCUCGCCGCCGCUCCACUGGCCCGUCCGCCUCGCCGUCGCCGUCGAGACGGCUAGCGCGCUGGAGUACCUCCACGCCGUCGAGCCGCGGCAGGUGGUGCACCGCGACGUCAAGACCAACAACAUCCUCCUCGACGAGGCGUUCCACGUGAAGGUGGCCGACUUCGGGCUCUCCCGGCUGUUCCCGGCGCACGCCACGCACGUGUCCACGGCGCCGCAGGGCACGCCCGGGUACGUCGACCCCAUGUACCACCAGUGCUACCAGCUCACCGACAAGAGCGACGUCUACAGCUUCGGCGUCGUGCUCGUGGAGCUCAUCUCCUCCAAGCCGGCGGUGGACAUGAACCGGGCCGGCGCCGACGUGAACCUGGCCAACCUGGCCGUGAACAUGAUCCAGUGCUACGAGAUCGACCGGCUGGUGGACCCGCGGCUCGGGUACCGGACGGACGCCGAGACGAGGAGGACCGUCGACAUCGUCGCCGAGGUGGCGUUCCGGUGCCUGCAGCCGGAGCAGGACGUCAGGCCGCCCAUCAGUGAGGUCCUGGAGACGCUGAGAGAGGCGCAGAAGACGGGGCAAGAUGGCUGUGCCAAGGUCAAGGAUGACGUCGAGAUGCUGAAGAAGAGCAGGGAUGGCUCGCCGGACUCCGUCAUGUACCAGUGGAAGAGCCCAUCCACGACUGCCCAUAACAGCAGUUGAGCUGAGGAUUCAGAAAAUAUUUCUGCAAGUGGGCAUGUGUGCAGUCUUCGUAAUGUUGCCACAAUGUAAAAUGAUGCGUGUAUGUGUGAAGAAAUGUCUUUCUUUCUCAAGAAGAGUGAGGGUGAAGAAUUGGUUCUGAAUUUCAUCAGAUUCCUGCACCAAAUGAAGCGGUUAGGAUGAUCGAAGUGGUUUGCAUUCUACGCUGCCUCUGUGCGUAUGAUGGAAUGACGUGCUGCAUACGUUAGAGGAAUCUUUUUGCGGCAUUUCCAUGUUCAUAUUGCACAAGGAACUUUGCACACCUACAACUACAAGUUGUUGAGUGCUGACCGUGAUUUUGAACUGAUAUCCAGAAAAGGAGUCCAUUCUGCUUCA